UUACUCUUACUUGCCACACCAACCACACAUGUUUGUUAACCCUCUAACCAAACCAGAGAGAGCCCUUCCCUUCCCUUUAAUCUCUAGAUCAGAUAACCACAUCCCUAGCGCCAAACAUUGGUCCUUUCAGGACAACGACAUCGUCCCCAUCGCUUAGCCGAAAUGGGCCCCAACAGAAACCAAUCGGGUCAAUUACCAUAUUAUAUUAUAUAUCCCGCAGCAGGUUCUCCCUUUCGACCUUCCUAUCACUGCAAUAAUAAAAAGACAAUUCAUCUUCACGUUCUUAAGUUGUCCUCCUCCCAGUCUUAUCAUCUCUAAACUCUCUUCUAAGUUGUUUCUACUCACCCUUUCUUGUCAUUGCUUUUGACUUGCCACCAUUGCUAUUAGAUUCAGUUUCCAGAUUUAUUUACUAAUAAAAGUUCGUCAUUUCUUUUUUUCUAUUUCUUUUUUCCUUUUUAAGACUCCAGUUGGCUUCCUAUUUUGAGAAUGUAAUAAUCCAGUGGUACAUCGCAAGAUCUCCUGCCAUUUCCAUCGAGAUAUCGCGGAUUUUAUUGAUCUAUAUAUAGAAUCUCUUCCAUCUAAGUUCUGUAAAAAGAUUGAUUCAUUCAUUUUCUGUUUCUCUUGGUUUUAGAAGCUAUAAAGCUACUCCUGGGCUUAGCUUUGGCAUUGCCAUUAUAUAUAUUCCUAGACUUCAGAAAAAAGAAAAAGUAAAAUAUAGCUAAAACGGGCGAAGAUGAAUAGUAGGGCAGUAGCGAUAAGAUUGUUGAUUUUGCUAAAUUGCGGUAUGUGGUGCAUUUGCUUGCCGGAGCGGCUUCUGGUUAAUAUGACUCUGGUUGGCAAUGCUUCGGCUAUCGGUGCCUUUUGCCUGGAUGGAAGUUUGCCUGCGUAUCAUUUCCACAGAGGAUCCGGUACUGGUGCACGCAACUGGCUUUUACAGUUUGAGGGAGGUGGGUGGUGUAAUGAUUUGCAAUCAUGCUUGGAGAGAGCAAAAACGCGGCGCGGAUCGACACGUUACAUGAACAAGCUGGAGACCUUCUCGGGAAUCCUAAGCAACAACGCCUCUCUUAAUCCAGAUUUUUACAACUGGAACCGUGUGAAGCUUAGAUAUUGUGAUGGAGCCUCAUUCGCUGGAGAUGCCAAGUUUGACAAUGGGACAUCAGUCCUUUAUUUCAGAGGGCAAAGGAUUUGGCAAGCAAUCAUUCGCGAUCUUCUCCCCAAAGGUUUGGGGCAAGCACGUAAGGCGUUGCUUUCAGGUUGCUCUGCUGGGGGUUUAUCAACCUUUCUCCAUUGUGACAACUUUGCUAAGGUGUUACCAAUGAAUGCCAGUGUGAAGUGCUUAAGUGAUGCAGGAUUUUUUCUGGAUGAAAAGGACGUCACUUUGAACCAUACAAUAAGGUUGUUCUACGAAAAUCUUGUUACUCUACAGGGAGUAGAAAAGAAUCUAAACAAAAACUGCACCAGUUUCUUUAACAAUCCAAAACUGUGCAUCUUUCCACAGUAUGCAUUAAGGUUCAUUACAACACCAUUCUUCAUCUUGAACUCAGCUUAUGAUGUGUACCAAGUGAACCAUAUAUUGGUGCCUCCUUCUGCUGACUUGCCUGGAUUGUGGAAGAAUUGCAAGCUUAACACAGCAGACUGCAGUGAAACACAGAUAGGCGUAUUGCAAGGUUUCAGGCGUGAUAUGCUGGUAGCCUUGAGAAUUUUCUAUAAGUAUUCCAAUAGCGUCGGAAUGUUUAUAAACUCAUGCUUUGCUCAUUGUCAAAGUGAGUCACAAGACACAUGGUUUGCAGUCGACUCUCCACGGAUACACAAUAAGACAAUUGCAGAAACAGUUGGUGAUUGGUAUUUUAGUAGAAAUAGAUCCAAGGAGAUCGACUGUCCGUACCCUUGUGACGAUACCUGCCAUAACCUCAUACCCACAGCUCGGGAUGACCGCCGGUUCCUGAGCAACGCGUCAGACAAUGAUCUUGACAGCUGUGACGAUUGCCCUAAAGGUCAUGAAGAGAAAAACUCUGGCUUUAUCAAGCCGAUGCAUGGGACUGGGAUGGCCUUAUGGUUGCUUUUUCUGUUUUUGUUGGUCUAGUUCUUAUAUAAUAAGAUUCAUUCACGGUAAAGAACAGACUUUACAUAAAAUCAAAUGAGAUUUUUUUAAGAAAAUGUUUUUUAUUUGAAUAUAGUGAGAUUUAAAUUCUA